AUGUCGACCACAACAGUUGCUACGGUGGCUGAGCCGGUUGAGAGCACCAGCACCAUCGCUUUGGAAACUGCUUCUGGGAAGACGUCGGAGAAAACGGGCGUUGCUGCCUUGGCAACUGGCGGCUUCACUUUUGCCGGAAUCCCCAACAUUACCGACCCUUACAAGAAACGACAAUGGCAACUUGAGCACAUGGCAGGCGCCUUCCGAGUCUUCGCUCGUAAAGGCUUUACUGAGGGCACCAGUGGUCACAUUAGCGUCCGUGACCCGGUAGACCCCAGCACAUUCUGGAUUAACCCUCUCGGAAAGCACUUCGGUAUGCUCAAGGCCAGCGACAUGGUUCAUAUUGAUGAGGAUGGGCAAGUCAUAGGGGGCAACAGAGUCGCCGUCAACGCUGCAGGCUUCAUGAUUCACAGUAUCAUCCACAAGGCUCGACCAGAUAUCCAUGCGGCCUGUCAUACACAUUCGCCAGCUGGAAAGGCAUGGUCAACUUUUGGCAGACCACUGGACAUCAUCAACCAAGACAGCUGUAACUUCUGGGGCACACAAGCUGUGUACAAGUCGUUCGGUGGUGUUGUGCUGGAUGCCGAGGAAAGCCAGAAUAUUGUUGAAGCACUUGGAAGCACGGGUCGUGUUAUGAUCCUCCAAAACCACGGUCUACUCACAACUGGAGGCACCGUCGACGAGGCGGCCUAUCUCUUCACGCUGAUGGAGAAGUCUUGCGAGGUCCAAAUCAUGGUUGAGAGCACUGGGCUGCCAAAGAACCACAUUAGUGAGAAGGCGGCCGAGUUCACGGCAAAAGUCAAUGCCGAUCCGGAAACAUUAUAUACUGAGUUUCAGCCCGAUUUUGAGUACGAGAUUUGGAAGUCAAAGGGAGAGCUGUCUAAAGGAGAAUAA